AUGGACCCUGGAAAUCAUUCCUCAGUGACUGAGUUCAUCCUGGCUGGGCUCUCAGAACAGCCAGAGCUCCAGCUGCCCCUCUUCCUCCUCUUCCUAGGAAUCUAUGUGCUCACGGUGCUGGGGAACGUGGGCAUGAUCGCCCUGAUUAGGUUCAGUGCUCCCCUGCACACCCCCAUGUACUAUUUCCUCCGCAGUCUCUCCCUCAUUGAUCUCUGCCAUUCCACUGUCAUUACACCCAAAAUGCUGGUGAACUUUGUGACAGAGAAGAACACCAUCUCCUAUGCUGAGUGUAUGACUCAACUUUAUUGCUUCAGUGUUUUUGCUAUUGCAGAGUGUCAUACAUUGGCUGUAAUGGCGUAUGACCGCUACGUUGCUCUCUGUAACCCCUUGCUUUAUAAUGUCACCAUGUCUUAUCAUCUCUGCCUCUGGCUCACAGUGGGAGCUUAUGUUUUGGGUAUCAUUGGGUCUACAAUUCACACAGGCUUUAUUUUGAGGCUUUCUUUUUGCAAGACCAAUAUGAUUAACCAUUAUUUCUGUGAUCUCUUUCCACUCUUGGAGCUAUCCUGCUCCAGCACCUACAUCAAUGAAUUAUUGGUUCUGGUCUUGAGUGCAUUUAACAUUCUGACUCCUGCACUAACCAUCGUUGCCUCCUACAUCUUCAUCAUUGCCAGCAUCCUCCACAUCCGCUCUAUCGAGGGCAGGUCCAAAGCCUUCAGCACUUGCAGCUCCCACAUCUCCGCAGUUGCUGUCUUCUUUGGAUCUGCGGCAUUCAUGUACCUGCAGCCAUCAUCUGUCAGCUCCAUGGACCAAGGGAAAGUGUCCUCUGUGUUUUAUACUACUCUUGUGCCCAUGCUGAACCCACUCAUCUACAGCCUGAGGAAUAAGGAUGUCAAAGUUGCCCUAAAGAAGUUCCUUGAAAAAAGAAGUUUCCUAUGA